AUCGCAUAGUAAUAACACGCGUACGUUGAAGUUUAUGCUUCGCUAUUUGCGGUUUGCUUUUAGAAUUAAUUUUAUUGUUUUGUAACUUGUAUUAUUGUUUGUAUUUAUUAUUUGUUGGAAUCCGUACAUACGCAGCAGCUGGGAGAAUUACUGGGAGAUAAGUAGCCUGGGAGACUUGAUUGAAGAAGACUUGAGUCACUUGAUUGAAGAUUGCGGAUUGCCUCAGUUGUGCCACCAACUGGCCCAUUGCGUUCCUCGGCUCCCGAUCGGACAUAUUUCACUUAAAAUCUGACAAUGGACUUUAUUUUUAAGCCAUUUAUGUUUACCAACGACCUUGUAGAAGAACCCGUGGAGGUUGUCGUUAAUGCAGGAGAUCUUCCAUGGCCGACCGAUGCGAUUCUUUGCGUUCCUCCACUUGGUGUGCAAGUUACUCUCCAUGAGCAAGCCGAAUGUUUGGCAACUCAAGCGUUUCUACGCAUGCAUGGUCUGAAAUUUGUGCUCGAUGAACGCUCGAAUGCAGAAUUCAUAUCCGUAUCUGGUAAACUACCUCUUCUUAAGGUGGAAAAUCAUUUUGUGGCUGGCUUCGACGCCAUUACCGCAUAUGCUCGACUGCGGAUUCGUCAGCAGUUGACUAAUGAACAGGAAGGAUCCAUCCGACCGUAUGUGGAAAUGAUACAAAUAACCGUAAAAAAUGCCGAAUUGUAUGCUGCCUGGUUGGAUGAUGCAAAUUAUAAAGCUGUCACGAAAGAUCGGUAUGGCUCUCCAUAUCCCGCACCGUUGAAUAAAAUUCUGCCGUUUUUGAAACGCUUGCAAAUCAAAGCGUACUUAAUGGAAAUGUCUCCUUUGCGAUCAAUUGAGGACGUUCGAGAGAGUCUUUUAAGUGAUCUGCGAGCUUUGAGCGAACGGUUGGGACCACGACCUUACUUUCUGGAUGAUGUGCAUACAAACGAAUUGGAUGCGUUGGCAUUUGGACAUCUCAGCGCUCUCCUGACAUGCCAUCUUCCAGAAGGAAAUCUGAGCGAACUGGUUCAACGCCAUCAGAAUUUAGUGGCAUUCUGCCAACGAGUGGAUCGGUUAUUUUUCGCCAAAGAACUUGGACUGAAUACCGAACUUUACAAUGCCACUGUAGUUACGGGAAUGCGCCGACUGCCUCCGAUGCUAAUCAAGAGCGACAUUUAAUCUGAAGCACCGGAUUACCAUCUAGCUGCUCGCAUAGUUACUUACUCGCGGCAGCCACUAAUUGCUCUUUUAUUGUUGCGCAAAGUUUUCAGAAUAUGUUGAGAAAGCGAUCAAAUGUUGCGGUGUAUUAAUUAUCAUAUAGUAUUUGUGACGGUUGUCUUAUUACGAGUGAUCUGUAUCCGUAAAGCAGUAAAUUCUAAUAUAUGCCUAUAAACAAGCGGACUUGUGA